AUGCAAAAUGACGACGAUGAAGAGCGUUAUGUGGAUCUCGAUGUUGAGGGAAAUGAAAUUGCCAGAGAUGGAGUGAAGAAAGAAGAUGAUUCAACAGAACAUAUCGUAGUAGAUGAUGAUGAUAGUGAAGACAAAAAGAAGGCUCAGGCAGGUCAACUCGGAGCCUCGUCGACUGGUGGAUGGGUUCAUAGAAAUAUUGGUGCUCGUGGAGCCAAAUCUCCGUAUGAUUCAGUAGCUCGCAAUCCACUCUUUGUUGAUGCAUCUCAAGUUGCUGACAGUGAACUGCUACUGCUUUCAAACCACUAUCAUCCGUCUGUUGCCGUGUUUGCUAAGGCUUUGAUGGAGGGAAGAGAAAUUAAUUAUGGAGGAGAGGCGCUCAACGAUUUCACUCUUAUGGCAUUCCUUGAUAGAUUUGCUUUCCGUAAUCCGAAAGAUGUCACCAAGACAACCGGAAGUCGAAUUGUUAGAAAGAAGUCUCAUGAUCCAUGGGGAGUCAGAAAGUUGGCUGUCGGUUCUAAUGAAUACACUCGGAAACGUCGUGAGGAGAUCCCUGCGGACGAACGGUUCCUUCAUCGUUACACUUCUAGUUUGAACAAAGAGAAGAAUGUGAAAAAGGAGUCAGGAGAAGAUGAGUGGGAAUACGCCGAAUCUGUUAACUCUGAAGAAUUCGAUCAACUGCUGGAGAGAUUCGAACCGGGAGAGCUCAACGAGGAGUUUGAUAUCGAUUACAGUAAGGAGUUCGGAGCUGAGAAGAGCAAGAGAAACAAGAAGAAGGCAGUUGACGAGGAAGACGUGGAUAUAGAUGAAGAUGAUGAUUUGGAUUUGAAUGAUUUGAACGAGGAUGACGAUGGCGGCGAUACUGUAGACGACGAUGAUGAUGAGGUGGAAGACGAUGGCGAGGAAGAAGAUGAUGAAGAUGAGGACGACGACGACGACGAUGAAGAAGGCGGUUUCGGUGGGAAGAGCUCUGCCAACAUUUUUGGAGAAGACGAUGGAUCAUGUGAUGAAGAAAUCGGAGCCUAUGAUUAUGAAAUGACUGGUGAUAAAUUCGCUGAGAUGCUCAAAGAUCUCGAAGAAGAGGAGGAGAAGAGCGGAAAGAAUAAGAGUGGAAAGAAGAGAGGAAUCAAGAGAAGAGGUGGUGGAUUCAAGCGAGGAGGUGCCAAAAAGUUCAGAAAACAUUGA